AUGGGACGGAGGGAGAUCCCUGAUGCCAAGGAGGCAGGGCUGGCCCACCUGUGUGAGUUCAUUGAGGACUGCGAGUUCACGUUCCUGUCAUGCCAGAUCCUGCACUUGCUGGGGCGCGAGGGGCCGGGUACCAAGGAGCCUGCACGCUACAUCCGCUUCAUCUUCAACCGCGUGAUCCUGGAGAACGCCACCGUCCGCGCCGCGGCCGUGUCUGCGCUCGCGCGCUUCGGGGCGGCGGUGGAGGGUCUGCGGCCGCGGGUGGUGGUGCUGCUGAGGCGGGCGCUGUUUGACAACGACGACGAGGUCCGCGACCGCGCCACGCUGCACCUGUCUCAGCUGGCGGGCCACCUGGGGGGGCCGGAGGCCCUGCUGCAGGCGGCGCAGCGGCGGCCGGACCCGUCAGCGCUGGAGUUGCAGCUGAAGGCCUACCUGGCCGGCGACGCAGACGAGGAGUUCGAUCUGGUGCGCGCUGUGCGAUCUGAGAUCGCACCCGCGACCUUGAUCUGGGGCGCAGGGUCCAGCCCACCGGCCCGGGCGCGUCGCGCCGCCUCCGACAUUCCCGAUCCUUCAAGGGAAGAUCGUGUGGCCUUCAGCGGCUUGUAA